AUGUCACAUUCAUUUGUUCCAGUUUCUCUUUUGAUGUCUGGUCCUAUGAUGCCAACCUUGGAGGAGCCUUUGGAUGGUGAAAAGUUCCCUUGUUCGAGUUUUAUUGGAAGGCCUCAAAGAUCGGCUUUUGAUGCUUUUUGGCCUAGAGUCAGUGAAACUGUGGAUCAUCACUUUAUUGAAGGCCAGCAGUGCAGCUCCUCUAAUAGUUUCCAAGAGGUACCUGCUGCAUGGAGAAGGCAACCUAGGAGCAAGUUACCUGCAGAUGCUUCUAUUUUGAGGAGAUUUUUCAGUCGUAGGAAUCACAAGGUUGUUGACAAUUUGUAUGAUUCACACCAUUUUCAUUUCCAUCGAUAUAGCUCCUCUAGCAAUCAUGUGGAGAUGGGAGGAGAUCUUGCUCAAAAGUUUUUCAGAGGUUUGCCAAGUUAUGUAAAGGUUGUGGAAGUUGGACCAAGGGAUGGCUUGCAGAAUGAGAAUAGCAUUGUACCUACAGCUGUGAAACUCAAACUCAUACAGCUUUUAGCAGCUUCUGGACUGGCUGUUGUUGAGGCUACCAGCUUUGUCUCUCCAAAAUGGGUACCACAGCUAGCUGAUGCAAAGGAUGUAAUGAAAGCAAUUCAAAAUGUCCAUGUUGCAAGGUUUCCUGUGCUGACACCUAAUAUUAAGGGAUUUGAGGCAGCUGUUGCUGCUGGCGCAAAGGAAGUUGCGGUAUUUGCAUCAGCUUCUGAAUCUUUUUCUAUGUCCAACAUCAAUUGCAGCAUUGCAGACAGCCUUGCUCGUUAUCAAGAUGUUGCACUUGCUGCUAAAAACCUUGCGAUCCCAAUUCGUGGGUAUGUAUCUUGUGUUGUGGGCUGUCCAGUUGAAGGAGCUGUGCCUCCUUCAAAGGUGGCAUAUGUGGCAAAAGAACUUUAUGACAUGGGCUGCUCUGAAAUCUCACUUGGUGAUACAAUUGGCGUUGGCACUCCAGGAACUGUUAUUCCGAUGCUCGAGGCUGUCAUAUCUAUUGUUCCUGUGGAAAAUCUCGCCGUUCAUUUUCACGAUACAUACGGCCAAUCUCUUUCUAAUAUACUUGUUUCUCUCCAAAUGGGGAUCAGCACAGUCGACUCUGCAAUCGCUGGUCUCGGAGGUUGUCCUUACGCGAAAGGUGCUUCUGGUAACGUUGCUACCGAAGAUGUCGUGUACAUGCUUAACGGGCUAGGGAUCAAGACCAAUGUUGAUUUGAACAAGCUCAUGCUAGCUGGUGACUUCAUUUGUAAGCAUUUAGGACGCCAAUCCGGGUCGAAAACAGCCAUUGCUCUGAGUAGAAUUACUGCACCUGUCUCCAAGCUGUAGAGUUUUAGGAAACAAAGAAAUUGUCUUCAAUUAAAUUAAAAUUGUUAUCCCUUUGAUCAUAUUUUUUUUCAAGGGGUUGAACUUUCAAUCAUAUUCUAUAUAUAUAUAUAUAUAUAUAUUGUGCUGCAACUCAAGCAAUUGGCAGUUCUUCCUUCUGCAAGGAAAUGGUUACAAUAAAAUUCAAUGCUAUACAUGUACAUUAUUUAUGUUUUUACUAAAAUAAAAUAAAAUAAAA